CUAGGCGGCGCUGGGGAGACCGGCGACGUCGUUUUACUUGGCUGGUCCUUCUAGCCCACAGCGCUUUAUAGCUCUCUUCCCGGCAUGCUUUGCCCUCUUUUGGACCGGCCGCCGUCGACAUGGUGAGCAGGAGGGCGGCGGAAUCCGAAGCCAUCCGCCGCCGGGGGGCCAUUGGAAAGGGAAUGCGGGGUGGAAUUAGCACCGGCGGAGGGGGCUGCAGGUCGCCCGGUCGGUAGUCCGGAGGUUAAGCCCCCACUUCUUGUCCCUGCGGGCUGAACCCGACUUGGGGGGUGGGGGGUGCCCUGUUUCUUCCGGUACAGAGAUGGCUGCAUUCCGUGAGUGAAGGCUCCAAGGCCGUAGUUAGGCCGGCCAGGCCUUGCAUGCAUUUGGGGGGGGGGUGCGGGGCGGCGGCUGGGAGAUCCAGUGGGAGAUCGGGUUUUGUCAUGGCGGCGGAGGCGAUCCGUGCAACCUUUUCGUAGGCCGCUGUUAACUCGCGAUGGGAGAGAAAGGGAAAGGAAGGAUUGGGAAGGAGCCGAGUAUAGGGCAGCCGCCUUCUCUUUCUGGACCUUGGGGCGCCCUGAUCCCCGAGUACCUGUCAGACGGUGAGAAAUCCGGCAGAAUCAAGUUUCCCUUUGGCGUGAUGGGGCAGCAUGUGUAUUUGCGUGUGCAGCAAUGCAUCUGGGUAUCAGGGGAUUUUAGGCUUACGAUUCAGGUAUAGGAGAAAAGGUGUCUGGCGUGUGUCUCUUAAAUAUGGUAUUCUCACCUCAAGUCUUCCUCGACCUUAGCUGACCGACCAUUAAAAAUGCUGUUGAAAAGUAGCUCACCCCGACUUUUGCCCUCCCCUUGCCAAAGUGCCUAAGGUUUGUCCACACUUUCAUUUGGAUGUGACCCACCUGGAUUUGUGGACAAUUUAAGGCUGGGCAAGGACUUUCCUGCAGCUAGCUUGGGACCUUUUCCCUGCUGUGCCUGGGGGUAGUGGUGCUUUUUUAUGUUUUCUGGCCAUGAAUGGGUAGUGCUGACCCUUUGCUCUAUGAGUUACUGAAGUUUACCCCAAGUUUAGAAGCUUCUGUCUCACCCUUGCCAAACCAUGGCCUAAGCAGUGACACAAGGCAUAAUGUUUGUAUGUAGCACAGUGCAACGUAUGCCCCGUAAAUAAGCUUCCCUUCUAUUUAAUAGAAUUCUAUUAAAUGCACCUCUAACUCCUGAUAGAGGUUGUGUUUAAACAUCAGUCAAAAAGUUGUGAAUGUGAAGCCUUAGCAUGUUCUUAUUAAGUCCCAUCUUCUCCAGGUGUUUUGGAUUGCAACUCCCAUGGUCUCUGGUGUUUGGCCAUGCUGACUGGAGCUGAUGGAUGUUGUAGCCAAAAACAUCCGAGAGUCCCAGUUUGGGAAAGACUGCCUCAAAGGGACUGUUUCUACCAAUGUCACCUUUUCUGAACCCUUUUGAGAUAAGGCUGCACACGUCUGCCACCUUGCCCCUGAGUGUGUUGAUAGUAAGGCCAUUGAGAGGGAAGCUGCCUGGGGAUUCUUCCACUCUUUGCAGCGGAGCGGUUCUCAACCUGUGGGUCCCCAGAUGUUGUUGGACUACAACUCCCAUCAUCCCUGAGCUCUGGCCUUGCUAGCUAGGGGUGAUGGGAGUUGUAGUUCAACAACAUCUGGGGACCCACAGGUUGAGAAAGGCUGCUACAGAAAAGGCUAGGCUGAAGAUUUUAAGCCCCUUGCAAAAUUUAUUGUGUAGCCAUUCUGUUGCAUCUUACUGAUUUUGCUUUUUUUGGUCCUUUGACUCUCCCAGGGACGAGUGCGCACAAAGACGGUGAAAAAGGCCGCCCGGGUCAUAAUUGAAAAAUACUAUACCCGUCUUGGGAAUGACUUCCACACAAACAAGCGAGUAUGUGAGGAGAUCGCCAUCAUCCCUAGCAAAAAGCUGCGCAAUAAAGUUGCUGGGUAGGUUGUUUGGUUCUGAUCUGCUAGCACAUGCUAGGUGACACAAUGAAAAUCUUACAGCCAACUGCUCUGGGGAGGUUCCAGUGAGCUAGACACCUUUCUUAACAACCUGCAUCGAAAGUGACUUUGGUCUUGUUUGUGGCCUGGUCAUUGAUAGUGCAGGAAGAGAAUUCUUGAUAGCAUUUCCCGUGUUUGGAGGGUUAAUUCUCAUCCCUAUCAAACCCUGAGCUUCUCAGACACUCCUGUGGGCUUCUCCUUAAUUAGCCAGAAGGUUAGAACGGGUGGAAGAUUAUUUCUUGUGUGUGUCUUCAGUUUUUCCUUAAUGGGACUUGAGAGAAUCACAGUCAAACUUAAUCAGACACCCCUCUCUUUGCAGGUAUGUUACCCAUUUGAUGAAACGCAUUCAAAGAGGACCAGUUAGGGGCAUCUCCAUCAAACUGCAGGAAGAGGAAAGAGAAAGAAGAGACAACUAUGUCCCUGAGGUAGGUUUCGAAAGCUCAGAUGAGUUACUUGUGGUGCAUAGAUUCUCCACUCUCUUCAGACAGCAAGGAAUCUAUUGCCUCUCCUUUUUUUGCAUGCUUUGAGAAGUUGCAUGUAUUAUUUUGACAUUCUUGGUCCAGUACACUUGGCAUACUGUACAUGCUCUCUAAGAAAUGCAGCAUACACCUAGGUGGCCUUACUGCUAACUCAACUUCUAUCUCCCAGUGUUGUAACAAUGAACAAAUCAGGUCACAGGUGAAUGUAAUGCUGAAAGCCAGUUAGGAAUGCCUCAAAAGGGUGAUGGACACUAGGAUAUGGCAUACUUGGAUAUGAAACUAGCAUUGCAUAUUGUUGUUUGAGUUGGUCCUUGAGAAUUGGACACAUUUAGGUAAGAGUAUAGAACCUAGUCUAAUAAAGGCUGUCUGUAAUCUUAUGUAACACAAAGUUCCUACCAUUUUCUCAGUGCUGUACUUACAUUAUUACCUGAGACAAUCCCCGUCCACAGGCCCAUAGUUAAUACAAAUGUUACAAAAGGAACGGAGAGGGAAGAGGAAAGCAAGCCUCAGAACAGUUGCAGCUAGGAUAUGCUGUGCUUGUUCACUGACAUGGAGAAGGACUGACAAACCUGCAUCGAAAGUGAUUGUGGCCUGAUCAUUGAUACUGCAGGCAGAGAAUUCCUGAAAGCAUUUCCCGUGUUUGGGGGGCUUCUUUCCAUCCCUUCCAAACCCUGAGCUUUUCAGACAAUUUUUUUGUGUGCUUAAUGCAGUAGUGUGGUCACUACUUGAGACUUCUCAAAUGCUGUGUGGUUUUUUAAAAAUGCCUUUUAGUAAUAAGGGGCAGUUUUGCUGGACUCUUAUCUACCUGUGUCAUGACAAAAACCUUACUCCUGAUUUUCAAAACUAGUGGCUGGUAAUCUCUUUGCAGAGAAGCAUCAGAGCAAAACAGCUUAUGUACACAACCUCUCAGUAAAACACUCCAUUUCUUUUCGAAUAACUUUCAGUGUCAGUGUCUUUUCUGACUGCUUGUAGCCAAAUUCUAGGCCAGAACCCUAGUUGGCUAGGACUGAGUACAGGCUUCCAUUUCACUUUUGUUUAGGCACUACCCAUCUGAUGUGGAUUUUCACUUAAGCUGCAUAGGAGGAAUGGGCUAGUUUCUCGCUUGCUCUGCAUUGGCAGCGGUUGGCUUUCUUAUGAGUGUUUGUAGGAACAAGACCAAGGGCUUUUUUGUUCGUUCACAACUUGCCUUUUCACAGUUUAAAGCAGCAUAUUUAUUGAUCCUAUUGAGAGUAGCCAAUACAAGCAAUACAAUACAAGCCUUGUUAAAAAUGUAGCAUGAAGAAGUAUUAUGAGAUGUUUACCAUUGUUCUGGCUAAAAAAGCAAGAUCCAAGAAGCCUGUAAUCGACAGACCUUUGGUACUUUCGGAAUGAAUCAAGACGGGGGUCACUUCCUGGGGACUUAGUGUUGUUUCUUAUGGAUUAUCCACCUAGUUAGGAUACCACUGGUAUGACUUCUAGGAUGCAGUUGGGAAGUUGAAAUGUGAGGAGUGUCUGGUUCUUGUUUCCUGCCUAGUAAUUUGCUUCCAUGUACUGAAGAUUGCUGUUCUCACACUGGCUCCUCUGCUUAUGUAAAAUCACGUUUCAAAUGUGUCAUUGCCUGAUGUUUCUAAUUAGUAUUUUGGUAAAUAUAAGCCUAGAUUAUUAAACCUUGAGCAGUUGUCAUGGGUGAUCCAUGUGUAUGCUUGGUAGACCAAGAAUCUGGGUAUUUAAUGGAGCAAUAGAAAUAGCCCUUCUGGUUUCUUUGAUGAACUAUGAAAUACUUUCCCAGUCGCCAUACUCUGGGGUGUGUUUGUGUGUGUUGGCCAAGUGCUGUCUCCUGUCACUUCCCUUUCCUGAUCUAUUCUUAGAGCUCUGUAGCUGCUGGUGAUAGGCUUUUGUCAAGAAGAUUCUGCUCCUUUUAAGCAUUUUCAUUUUCUUCUGAAAGUUGCCAGAAGAUAGUGCAAGGCAGCCCAAAUCUUGAAAUUUUGACUGUAGCUCCAUCUAAUUUGGUACUGCUGGCAUGUUAUGCAUGAAUUUAUCUGCUUACAACCGCUGUUGGUGUCACAAUGCACUUAAUGAAUGGUAACUGUACAUAGGUGGAGGGAAAUUGUCAUAUAUAUGUUACAAUCCUAAAAUGUGUUCCCUUAGUAAGUUAAGAGAUUAGUGUGACUGAUGGCACCAGAAUGAAAACUUUGACUGUAAAGUUGGGAGAUGAUUGUACAGAGCCCAUUCCCAUACCAGAGAAAUCCACUCCAGUGUCGUAAUAUUUGUGGACUGGUGUAUAUUUUGAUAUUGCUAUUGGCACACUGUUUUGGGGUGCUCCUCCUCCAUUUUUUCUUUUAAGCCAGUCAUUAGUAGUGGCCUCAAGCAGACUACGGAACCAUUGUCUGGUAUAAUGUUUGUAUCACAUACAUGUGCUGUGUUGUCCUGGUGUUAAUUGUGUUUAUAGUCUGUUGACCACUAUUUAAACCAAAUCUAACCUCUAUCUCUUUCCCCAUCAGGUCUCUGCCCUGGAUCAGGAGAUCAUUGAAGUGGACCCUGAUACCAAGGAGAUGUUGAAGCUCCUGGUGAGUGGGGCAAGGGGAUUGGCACAUCUCCCAAUAGGAACUGCUCUUAUAACCGUCAGCUAGCUACUUCUUGAGAAUCACUGUCAAUGCAAUGUUCUCUGUGCAUGUUUUUUUUUUUUUAGUACCAAGAGUCACACUGCCAGGCAGCAGUAUUCAGAGUAUUCUUGGGGGUAUUUUUCUUGAAUGUUGAGUGUUAAAUGGUCAUUGGAUCUUGUUGGCUAAGCCAGACUGCUUGGGAGAUCAUUAUUGUGUUCUCCACAAAUACAAAGUGCUGUUGUUUAUUGUGUCAGUUUUGUACACCUUUCAAGUUAGCCUCAAAAGUUAAAUGACAUUAUUCCUUCGGCUAGUCAGGAUAAGGGAAUGCCCUCUUUAUUUAUCAACACUGAAAUCUGCUUGGUGUGUCUUUGCUAAGUGUUCGCUGUUCUGUGUUUCUUCCAGGACUUCGGCAGCCUAUCCAACCUGCAGGUCACACAGCCUACUGUAGGGAUGAACUUCAAAACCCCAAGAGGCGCCAUCUGAAGCCAUUGUCAAAUUUUCACUUUUAAAAUAAAUAUAUAGAAACAAAGCUGUG